AUGUCCUUAACAAUGUCUCUAUCUACAAUUACACACGAGGAUGUGAAGCACUUGCGCAGAACAUCAGACCUUCCUCUCACUCCUCCCGACUCGGAUCUUGAGCGUAGCGACAGCGAAAAUGCAGAACGCGAACGACCGUCGGGGGCUACACAUGUCGACUUCCCUCUGCCACCGUCUACAACGAUACCCACCAACAUCCUGGAGCCAGAUCAGAAGACACCAGAUCGCUGGCUAGCAAGAGACCCAAGGCUAAUACGUCUCACCGGAGCACAUCCUUUCAACGUUGAAGCUCCGCUAUCCGAUCUCUACAACGAGGGGUUCCUAACAAGCCCAGAGCUAUUCUACGUCCGCAAUCAUGGACCGGUUCCGCAAGUUAGAGAUGAGGACAUUCCAGAUUGGGAAUUCACCAUCGAAGGCAUGGUCGAAAACCCAAUGACCUUGACCGUUCGUCAACUGAUGAAGGAGUACGACCAGCAUACGUAUCCCAUCACUCUCGCGUGCGCUGGCAAUCGGCGCAAGGAGCAAAAUGUUGUACGGAAGACCAAGGGUUUCUCAUGGGGGCCAGCUGGAGUCUCGACCGCCCUUUUUACCGGCGUCAUCAUGGCAGAUGUACUAAAAAAGGCGAAGCCAAACAGGGGAGCACGAUACGUAUCCAUGGAAGGCGCGGACAAGUUACCGAAUGGUUAUUAUGGCACCUCAGUCAAGCUCAACUGGGUCAUGGAUGAGAACAGAGGCUUCAUGCUCGCUCAUGGCAUGAAUGGCGAGGUCCUUCGACCCGACCAUGGUAAGCCUCUACGGGUCGUCGUUCCUGGUCAGAUCGGUGGUCGAAGCGUGAAGUGGCUGAAGAAACUGAUUGUCACGGCUGAGCCGAGCGAUAACUGGUACCACAUCUACGAUAAUCGAGUCUUGCCCACCAUGGUCUCCCCCGAAGAAUCAGCAAAGAAGCCAGAGUGGUGGAAAGAUGAGAGAUACGCCAUAUAUGAUCUGGGCACAAAUUCUGCCAUUGCGUACCCUGCGCACGAGGAACAGCUUUGCGUGGUGGGAGCACCCGAGAACUAUCGAGUAAAGGGAUAUGCUUACGGCGGCGGCGGUCGGAGAGUCACUCGCGUCGAAAUAUCAAUCAACAAAGGCAAAGACUGGAGACUAGCUAACAUCGAAUACGUCGAAGAUCGCUACCGAGAUGCAGAGCCUCAACAGCUAUUUGGCGGUACCCUGGAUUUUGGCUGGCGAGCAGCGUCUUUCUGCUGGUGCUUCUGGAACAUCGACAUUGCCGUAUCAGAACUCGCUGAUUGCAAGGACAUCUUGGUACGGGCUAUGGACGAAAGUAUGAACAUGCAACCCCGUGACAUGUACUGGAGUGUCCUCGGUAUGAUGAAUAACCCGUGGUAUCGUAUCACCGUAGCUAAAGAGAAUGACUACCUUCGCUUUGAGCAUCCAACGCAACCAGCCUUGAUGCCCGGCGGCUGGAUGGAACGGGUGAAGAAGGCAGGCGGCAACCUCACCAAUGGCUACUGGGGAGAGCAGAUUGGCGGGGAGGAUGCCAGUGAGGCUGUCACUGAGGCGGCGGUGGAGAUCAAGAUGACGAAGGAAGGUGUGAAGAACGAGAUCACGAUUGACGAGCUACGAAAACACGACGGCGACGAGAAACCGUGGUUUGUGGUCAAUGGAGAAGUGUACGAUGGCACAGCUUUUCUGGAAGGCCAUCCUGGUGGAGCGCAGAGCAUCAUUUCUGCCGCGGGAAUGGACACGACGGAUGAAUUCAUGGCUAUACGUGAGUGCAGCACUGCCUCUUCCACUAUCCUCUGCUAACUCCCAUUUUAGAUUCCGAAACCGCGAAAGCAAUGAUGCCAGACCACCACAUCGGCACGUUAGAUACGGCAGGUGCAAAAGCGCUCGCAGGGGUAGAAGCCCAACCCGAUGCUACUGCUGAGCCAUCGGCAACACUGCUCCAUCCUAAAGCCUGGAAGAAAGUCAUCCUUCAUGCCCGGCGCCAAGUAUCCUGGGACACCGUCGUCUUCACCUUCAAGCUCGAACACGAUGCACAAGUUCCCGGACUGCCCACGGGCAAACAUCUCAUGGUGCGUCUCCGGGAUCCCGUCACCCGCGAAGCGAUCAUUCGUAGCUACACGCCCAUCUCCAUGGAGAGCAAGUCCGGAUACCUCGACAUCCUCAUCAAGAUCUACAACAAAACCGACACCAGAGAAGGGGGCAAGAUGUCCAUGGCCCUCGACGCCCUACCGAUCGGUCACUUUGUAGACGUCAAAGGGCCGAUAGGGAAAUUCCAAUACCUCGGCAGAGGCCUCUGUACCAUCAACGACGCCAAACCGCCACGACACAUCAAGACCUUCUACAUGAUCUGCGGAGGCUCGGGCAUCACGCCCAUCUUCCAGAUCUUCCGGGCUAUAAUGCAAGAUGACGAAGACGCAACACGCUGCGUUGUCCUCGACGGCAACCGCUUCCUGGAAGACAUCCUGCUCAAGGAUGAGCUCGAUGCCCUCGUCGAAGCGGGCAAGGGAAGGGGCGUUGUCCAUCACACUCUGACCCAGGCGCCCGACGACUGGACUGGUCUGAGGGGCAGGAUCGCCGGGCCGCUCCUGAAGCAAUACGUCCAAAGAUCCGUGACAGAAGACGGCAAAGGAGACGGAGAGAGCAUGGUACUCGUCUGUGGUCCGGGACCGAUGGAGAAGAGUACCCGAGAAGCGUUGAAAGAAAUGGACUGGAAGGAUGACGAGGUUUUGUUCUUUUGA